CACCGUCCAUGAUGUGUCCUACAUAGACACUUUGUGACACCAGUCAGCGAUUGUUCCAUUUGUCACCGCCAUUUAUUUACCUAUUUAAUUCUGCAGAUAUGGACAUGCUGAACAAUGACGAAUGUCAGUUUUGUUAUGAUAAAGUUAUCUUUCGUUGUAUGCCUUGUAAGGUAGCUCUUUGUAAGGACUGUGUAGCUGUCCAUAUCAAAAUGACCUCUACGAUAUCCCACAAAAUUGUUCUCUCAGAAGAGGGAAAAGAAGAAAAAAGGAGGCAGUUAUUUAAAAAAGAUACCCUAUCAUCUGGGUUUGAAAAUAUGUGUGAUGUAAGUUACCAAGACAUGGGAUUAUUUUACAUUUGCUCGGAACAAUGCAAAGUGAUAAAGAAACUUAAUCUCUCUGGAAAAGAAAUUGAUUCGUUUAAGGCGACCAAAAGUCCUCUCUGUGUAAAGUCGUGUUCUAAUGGUGUACUUUAUACGGAAUUUGGGAUAAAAGCGGUGAUGUUUUACAUAAGGGGACGUAUUAAACAUCUCUUCUCAACAGGAGACUGGCAACCACAAGGAGUAAACACAACUAAAGCUGGUAAUAUUUUGUUGACUCUUCGACGAAAUAAAGAAGCAAAACUAGUCACAUUUAGUCAACAUGGAAAUGUUUGCAGCGAAAUACAGUAUCAGGAUAGGGAACCUUUGUAUUGCGAUCCAUGGUAUGUAGUUGAGAGUCCAAGAGGUUAUCUCUGUGUAUCCGACCAGGGGAAAAGCUCGGUAAUUUGUGUACGCAGUGAUGGCGAACUAAUAUUUCAAUAUUAUGGACACAGAAAUUCAUUCUACCCACGUGGUUUGUGUUCAGACGCCACUUCCCAUUUUAUUGUUGCUGACCCAUGGAACAACAAACUUCAUUAUAUUUCUUCAUGCGGAGAGUUUAUUUGUUAUCUUGAGUAUGAGUCGAUGGAUAGUCCUACAAGUAUAUCUAAUGUUGCUGAUAAACCAAACAAUUUUCUUAUUUGUGAAAUCGGGGGAUUUAUUCAUAGCGUAGAAAUGUAACAAAAAGGGAUCUGUUUUUCUUACGUUUUCUGCUUCAGCCAUUAUAAUUAUUUACCAU